AUGUUUCCGGUCUGGACCAGCAUUCCGAGCGAAGACCGUGGCGUAAACGUUGUAACGACGGCGUGGCUGGCGCCCAAUCUCAACACGGUUUUCGACGGCGUGGCGGCUCCUGAGCAGUAG